AUGUUCAUCUGGGAGGGCAUGAGCCGGACAGACGUGUGCCAGGGCGAGCUGGCAUCCCUGACCCUGCGCCCCCGCCUGCUGCGGAGGGUGGUGCCCCCCGGGCAGGGCUUUGCCCCCGGGCAGUACGCCGGCAUCUUCCACUUCCAGUUCUGGCAGUACGGGCAGUGGGUGGACGUGGUGGUGGACGACGGCAGGGCAGGGCAGGGGGCGGGUGGAACGGGCCCCGGCUGGGAUAGGAUGCAGGCACCCCGUUGCAGGCUGAACGGGUCGUACGAGGCCAUGAGCGGCGGGUACAUGAACGAGGCGUUCGUGGACUUCACGGGGGGCCUCGGCGAGUCCCUGUCCCUCAAGACGCCCGACCCCGAGCUCUACGGCACCGUGCAGGCCGCGCUGCGCCGGCGCUCGCUGCUCGGGGCCCACAUCCAGGUCACUGGCGCCCAGGACAGGGAGCAGAAGACCCUGGAGGGGCUGGUGAAGGGCCAUGCCUACUCUGUCAUCGGCACCUACCAGCUCGACCUGGGGGGCCGGCAGGUGAAGCUGGUGCGGCUGAGGAACCCGUGGGGCCGGGCGGAGUGGAUCGGGGACUGGAGCGACAGCUCCCCGCUCUGGGCCCAGCUGGACCCGAUGCAGAUGUCCGAUUUCCGCCGCUGCUUCGACGCCCUGGAGAUCUGCAGCCUGAGCCCGGAGGUGCUGGCAGGGCCGGAGGAGGAGGAGGAGGAAGGCGGUGGCUGGAGCUCCCAGACUUUGCAGGGCCGCUGGGUGGCCGGGUACAGCGCUGGGGGGCACCGCAGCUACCACACCCAGGGGACCUACUGGAUGAACCCCCAGUUCCACGUGGCCCUGGAGGAGCCGGACGCGGCCGAGGGGGAGGGUCCGGGCCCCGCGCCCACCUGCACCCUCCUGGUGUCCCUGAGCCAGUGCGGCCGGCGCCAGGUGCGGCGCCAGGGCCAGGACUUCCUGCCCAUCAGCCUCGCGAUCCUGAAGGUGACGGAGGAGUACCUGGCGGCCCCGAGCAUGGCGUGGCAACGGGAUCUGCUGUCGAGGCUGCCGGCCGUGGCCCAGACGCCCUACGCCUACCUGCGGGACGUGACGCUGCGCUGCCGCCUGCCGCCCGGGCACUACCUGGUGGUGCCCAGCACCUACCGCCCGCUGGACGAGGCCGCCUUUGUGCUGCGCCUCUUCGCCGAGCGCACGCCCACGGCCCAGGAGAUCGGGGACGAGAUCUGGGAGGAUGCGAGGCCCCUGAAGGUACCCGCGUCCCCGGCCAUGCCCAGCCCCCUGGUGUGUGAGCAUGUCCACACGCAUGUGCAGGGACACCAGUGGGCGUGUGCGAGUGUGCAUGCAUGCCUGGGGGGGGCAUGCGUACAUGGGUGGACACGACACAUCACACGUGUCCGUGGCGUGUUUUCCUCAACCCGCGGGCGCCAGCGCAGGGGCCGGGGCCGCUUGGCCCUGCCGGACUUCCGGGACCUGUGGAGCAGGAUCAAGGAGUGGGAGGCCGUGUUCACCCGCUUUGACGAGGACGGCUCGGGCACCAUGAACAUGCACGAGAUGCGGCUGGCGCUGGAGGCGGCGGGUUUCCACCUGAACCGGGAGCUGAAUGAGGCCGUCACGGGCAAGUACCGGGACCGGGGGCUGCAGCUGGACUUCGACGGCUUCGUCUCCUGCCUGGUGCAGCUGGAGGCCAUCUUUCGGCUGUGCAAGGAGCGGGACCGCAACGGCGACGGGGUGGUGACCAUGACCCAGCAGGAGUGGCUGGCGCUGGUGGCCCUCACCUGACACGGGGUCGAGAAAGGAGUCGCGUCCCACCCAGCCCCUGGGCUGCUCCGGCACCGGCCCCUUCCCAUCUCGACCAGCAAAACGCGCGCUAACCAACCUGGCUGACCCUCCGGACAGACACACGGACGCGGCCCUGUUACCGUUUUUAAAAAGAAGAGCGAUUUAAUUUACACAGAAGUACUAAAUGUACAUAAUUCUUUAAAAAAAUUGUUAUACACAAUAAAUACAGUACAAAAUUAUUUUAUAGUACUAUAUUUUGUCUCGGAACUGUGAUAGCGUUCACUGGUACCAGCGGGGCAGGAAAGGAAAGGAAAGGGGGUGGGUUUACCUGUAGCAGGAGCGUGGGGUGUUCUUUCCUCUCCUUCCUUUUCUUUUCUUUUCCUUUUCUUUUUUGCAAGUGUUGCUGUUCGGUUUUUUUGGGGGGGCGGGGGGCAAGGGCAGAGGGAUCGGUAGAGAUUGCAUUCGAUUCUAGAGUCUCUGCUACAUCGAGAGGCGGCUACAAGAGGCCAAGAGGAAAAACCUCGUCCAAGCUCUCUCCUAAAAGAGGACGAACCCCCCUCACCCCCCCAUGGCAAGAGGGAGGUUCAGUCGCUCUUUCCCAAACUCACGGGAUUUAAAAAAAAAGCCAAAAAGCCAGAAUUAAAAAUCACCAUUGAAGUUGCCUUCCCCCGACAGCGAGACAAGCCGCCGCUCCGAAAAGGGAACUCUCUGGUUUGUUUUAUUUUUAAUGCAUCCGUCUUGCAGAGAAAGGAGAUUAAAAAAUAACGAAGAGGCUAACGAUCCCCAAAUCCACACUUUCUUUUAGAUUGAAAAAAAAAAAAAAAUUAGAUGCUAAAACAAAACCCAAAUGAUUUCAUAUACAUUUUUUUUUUUUUAUAUAUCUAUAGGUAUAUAUAAAAAAAGGAAAAAAAAAAUAAAUAAGAAAUCACCAAAUGUUUUGAACCUGGUCAUGCCUUAUUGCUACCUAACCAAUCCUCUCGGUAGAGGUGACGACGGGGCAAUGGAGGGUCACGCGAGCGUUGACUUCGGGGUUUUCGGAGCUGGUCAGGGUUUUGUGCUGUCUCUGUGGACGCUCCUUUUGGGGGGAUGCCAACAUCACAUCCUCCACCGCACAAUAAAAAGCCACCUCUGCUUCGCUUGGCUUUGAACUAUCCUGGGAGAUGAUCAUAUUAGGAAAGAAAGAGACCUCCCCUGUGGGCUAGGACCGGGGAGGAAAGGUCCUCCCCAAACAGCCAGCCUCGAGGAGCUGGAGGAACUGAGCAGGUUUCCCUACCGGAGGCAUUCAGAGCCGCUGGGGUCGAAAGCAAAAUGCCCCAAGCCGUUUCGGGAGCUGAUGGGGGGUGAGGUGGGAAAAGCAACACUGCUACUUGCUUUUAAAGCAAAAUUUGAUCAACUGGAACAACCGGCGGGGAAACUGAGGCACAGACCCGAUCCGUAACCCACUCCAACCCCGACGCUGCUGGUGGGUGGACUCGAUACGAACCCGCUCUUGGCAAAGACGGAGGGGGGGAAAAAAAAAAAGACCCUUUCAACUUUCUCUCUUUUUUUUUUUGGUUAAAUGAUGCCCCUAAAACAAAACAAAACAAAACAAGCCGAGAAAAGAAAAGGAGAAAAAAGUUGUCCUCGUUAAACUGCAAUUUCCUUUAAGACACAGAAACUUCUCUCUACUUCACAAGACACGUCAAGGUUAAAAGAAGAAAUGGGUGAAGAACUGUUCGGGCAACGCUCCAAGCUCUCUGCGGCGGGGGGCGGGGGGGGUUGCAUUAUUCGGGAGGGAUAGUGUCAUCUUUGAGGAUGCCCGACAAGGCCGCUGGGGACGGGAAGGGGGCUGGGGACGUGGGUAUGGAGGCAAAGAAGUUGUAAAGCAACGGGGAGGGGAAGAUAUUCUAGUGUUGGUCUCCCAUGUUGACCGUCGUGGGUCUCGAGCUGGGGAGAGAGGCAAUAAGGCUGGCCGGCAAGAAGGAAGCCGGAAGAGAUGCCCCCUUCUCAUCUCUCCACGAAGUUCAAGUGCGCUCACGGCUAGUAAAGAGCAGGACGCCGGCUUAUGAAGCAUCUUGGGGAGCUGGGGUCUUGGCUGCAUCAGCCUGGGACUUGACCCCCCUGACCAGGAGGGACGUCGGGAUACUUUAAGGCCCCUUUUUGUGAACAAAAAAGGUCCAAGGUUUCCAAAAUCUCUCAGCCUCUGGGAAAUGCAGAAACUCGCGUGAGGAUAUCAGGCUUUGUCCUGGAGGCGGGGGUGUCACGCACCUUAAAAUCCGAACCGCAGAGCUCGGCGCGGGCUGGCAGAGAGCAGAGAGCCAGGAACGCCCAAAUGUGCUCAUGGAUCUGGAAAGCAGGAUCUCCCUGGAAAGAAAAGGGGAGCAGCAGAAGAGAGAAACGACGGGAGCGCUCGCGUGGGGCUGAGCUGUUCACCGAGCUCGAGCGCAGGCCUAGCUCGUGUCGUCUGCAAAAGCGCCUGGAGAGAAGCCAAAAGGCCAGUCUGCGGCUUCACCGUGUGCUUCUCUAUCGCAGGUGGGGGGAGCCGGAGCUGCCGAUUACCAGGGGACGAGGUGGAGAAGCCCCGUACGGACACCGGUGCACGCUGGAAAGUCAAGGCCGGCGCAAAAGGACUCAGAGCCCCACAGAUCGCAAACCCAUGGGGCACGGAAAGAAGCCAGAUUAAGCUCGUGGCAGCCAGAGGCAGGUCGCAUCUCUGCUGGCUUUGCAACCAACUGCAAGGCACCCCUAACAUGAGGAAGGGACCUCCAACGCGUCCCAAGAGCUUCCUACCUAACUCAACGCCAUCUGCCUAGUGCGAUGCGGCCUCGUCCCCCGGCAGCUGGAGAAGCCGUGCAUGCACCCAUCCGCCUCGACGGGGCCUAGGGCAGGCAUCGCUGGGUCCAACCUUCACAGCCCACGGGUGAAGCAACAGGCACACAACAGGCACGGAUCUCACACGACCCCCCCAAUACUGCACCGGCCGGCUCGCUUCCUACCCCUACCCCAGCUCUGGGGGACGUCAGUGAGUUUUAGCACUGGUAUCUGUGGGACCGAGGAAGGGCGUC